GUCUCUUUCGUUACAAGCAUUUCUCUCUCUACACAUCUUUAAAUACCUGACCUAAACUGUACUCACUUUUUAAUUAUUUCUACCAAAAUCUCUGAUCAAUUCAACUCUGUAUCAAAUGCUACAAUAAUGGAGAACGGAAAACUACACAACGGAGGAGUUUCUUCAUCGGAAACUUUCAACGGCGGUGAAGAUGUAUAUAGUUCUAAACAGUCUGAUGUUUCUACCGCCGAUCAUCUUGUUAUGAUGGUACACGGUAUUCUCGGAAGUGCUUCGGACUGGAAGUUUGGUGCGGAGCAGUUUGUUCGGAAUCUUCCCGACAAAGUUUUUGUUCAUUGCAGUGAACGUAAUAUGGCUAAACUAUCGUUGGAUGGUGUGGAUGUAAUGGGAGAGCGAUUAGCUGAGGAGGUUCUUGAUGUGGUCAAAAGAAGGCCAGGUUUGAAGAAAAUUUCUUUUGUUGCACAUUCGGUUGGAGGAGUAGUGGCAAGAUAUGCAAUUGGGAAAUUAUAUAGACCUCCACGAACGGAGAAUGGGCAGAAAUUCUCGGAUGAUACCAGUGAAGAAGGGUCAAAGGGGACAAUAGCCGGCCUGGCACCAAUAAAUUUCAUCACUGUUGCCUCACCUCAUCUGGGUUCCAGGGGUAACAAGCAGGUGCCAUUUCUUUUUGGUGUAACUGCCUUUGAGAAAGCUGCUGGGCUUUGUGUUCAUUGGAUAUUCAAGAAAACAGGCCGACACCUUUUCCUUAACGAAGAUGAAGGAAAGCCUCCAUUACUAAGACGGAUGGUGGAAGAUGAUGGUGAAUUACGCUUUAUGUCUGCAUUAAGUUCAUUCAAGCGAAGGGUCGCAUACUCAAAUGUUGGUUAUGAUCAUAUUGUAGGUUGGGGAACAUCGUCAAUUAGACGUAAUAAUGAACUGCCUAAGUGGGAGGACUCCUUAAGUAAGAAGUAUCCUCACAUUGUGUAUCAAGAGCAUUGCAAGGCGUGUGAUGGUGAGCAGGGUGAGUCUGUUGUGAAGGAAGGUGAUCAAUUUGACAAGCUAGAAGAGGAAUUGGUGACUGGUUUAUCUCGGGUAUCCUGGGAGAAAAUAGAUGUCAGCUUUCACAGCAGCAGGAACAGAUUUGCUGCACAUAGUGUUAUUCAGGUGGAUCUUUCCACUCUUCCAGUGAUCACAUAUACAAAACCAAACACAAGGAGCAAGGGAAACCCGCAGCCGCUACCCUUUGGGUGCGCACAGGGUAAAAAAACUUCUCCCGUGCAAUAGCUCGCAAACCACACAGAAGAGGUAAUCCACUCUAGGCAAGCCUGGUGCGACGAGCUCGACCCAGAAGGUGAACCCCUUGCUCUUUCGCUGGCAAGAGUUUCGUACUUGAGACUUCCAACACGAAAGUACUAAUCCCAAACCACUGAGCCACCCCGAAGGGUGAAGGACCACUACAUGCAUGCAGAAGGUGCUGAUGUUGUCCAACAUAUAAUAGAUAAUUUUCUCCUACAGUAGUCGAACAAAUCUGAAGCACAUUGGAUCGUGAUGGAGACUGCUGAAUAUACAAGGUUGAAAUUGUACUAGUGUCUUGUGAUUACGACAUUCAUGAAAUUUAUAGUAAAGCAGUUUUGUUAACUCAAUUCAUGUCCUAAUGUAACCUUAAACCUGUUUCCUUCUCAAUGAUAAAACAUCAUUUUUCCAUGUAAGAAGAAGUUCUUACUUUUC